UCCUGCCCAGAAAAGACACAAUUAGCCAAAAUGAUCCCUGGAGGUUUAACUGAAGCCAAACCUGCCACUCCAGAAAUCCAGGAGAUUGCUAACACGGUUAAACCGCAGCUUGAAGAAAAAACAAAUGAGACAUAUGAAGAAUUUACAGCUAUAGAAUAUAAAACUCAAGUGGUUGCUGGAAUAAAUUACUACAUUAAGAUACAAACAGGUGAUAAUCGUUAUAUUCACAUUAAAGUAUUCAAAAGCCUUCCUCAACAAAAUCAGUCUUUGAAACUUACUGGCUACCAAGUUGACAAAACCAAGGAUGAUGAACUGGCUGGCUUUUAGCAGCGUGUUCCUAAGGUGGUCGAUUCUUUCCUCUGGCACCUGAUUAAUGACUCCUGCUAAUAAUACAUGUAGCUAUCAAUAAAAAAGCAUUCCUUUUCCAAUAAAUUAAUCUCUUCAACUAG